GUUUUUGAUAUCUGGUAUGCAAAAAUAUUAACAAGUUAUAUUUUAAAACAUUAUAAAAAAAAAAAAAAGUAAUUAUGUCUCUAGUGGGUUUAACGAAGACUAUUUCAGUAGAGAGAAGUCUUUCAAGCGAGACAGUUAUUUUCUGCUUUUAACGUGCUCGAUUCGUUCUCUUCGUUCAGUUCUUUAUAAUCUGUCUGACAGGCAAUAGUUUCCUUUUGACUGUUCUCUUCGACUACACACACGGUCAAGAUCUAAACGAAGGAGUGACUUUUUUCUUUUUUUAUUUUGAAAAUCUAAAAUGGAUCUAUUAAAUAAAUUUUUUGAUUAUAUCGUAGAAUGUGAUCCACGAAUAAAAAAUCGAAUACUAUUUAAUUCGCCGUAUCCAAUUAUUUCUAUUCUACUUUUUUAUCUUUUUUUUGUUCUUGUGUACGGUCCAUGGUACAUGAAGAAUAAAAUGCCGUACUCGUUAAAAACGUUCAUGAGAUACUACAAUUUGUUUCAAAUAAUAGCGAACAGUUUGAUCGUAUAUAAAUUAUUAAUCGGUGGUGUAAACUUUAGAGGAUUAUCAAUGAAUUGCGAUCCUCCUUCUUACAAGACAGAUUUUGCUAGUAUGGAGCUGGUAGAAGGUUGUUAUUGGGUGCUAUUAAUAAAAGUGAUCGAUCUAAUUGAAACAGGAAUAUUUGUGUUACGAAAGAAAACUAGGCAGAUUUCUUUCUUGCAUUUGUAUCAUCAUAUCUCAACGAUGAUGAUCUGUUGGUUUUAUGGAAGAUAUUACAUCGAUGAAAGAAUUUCUUUUAUACCUUUAGUGAAUUGUAUGGUUCACGUAAUAAUGUACAUUUACUAUUUUCUUAGUACACUAGGCCCAGAUAUGCACAAGAUCAUCAAUCGAUAUAAAUUUCUACUUACCAUCAUUCAAAUGGUACAAUUCCUAAUAAUAUUGUUUUUCAUCUGGAAGAUGUCCUCAGCAAACUGUGAUGUCGCUCAAAAUGCUAUUUACGUGAUGUCUGUCAAUAUAUCGAUUAAUUUGGUCUUGUUUUAUAAUUUUUAUAAGCAAAAUUAUUUAAUUAAAAAUACGAAAAAGAAUUAAUUUAAAUAUGAAAUGUUAAUAUCUAUAAUUUAUUAUUUUUAUAUGGAAUAAUCCAUAUGUUGAUAUAAAAUAUUAUUUUCUAUCGUGAACUCGAUCCGUAGUGAGGGAAGAUAUAAAAUAUUUAUUGAUAGAAUAAACUAGAGAGAGAGAGAGAGAGAGAGAAAUUUAAUAUUGUAAGUGGAACAAAAGCGAAGAACAAAAUAUUACAAAUAACGAUUACUUAGUUACUUAUCUCUUCCAUAAAUUGUAUUAACUCAUAAACGAGUUUUCGUCUGUCGAAUGUGUUAUAAAUUAUACAUAGAAUAACAAUAUAAUUAUAUAAAUUGAA